AUGACUACUUCCAUUUUGCAAUGUUUUACUUGCAAUUUUUGUGAUCUAAAAUUCAAAAACUCAAAUGAUCUGGAUUUGCAUAACCAGCUGCAUACUAGUUCAGGCGAUUUUUCCUGUCUGCUAUGCAAAGAAAUAUUUCCUGAUUUAACUGAGCUGCAAUUGCAUGAUCUACAACACAGUCUAGAAGAAAUUAAAGAGGGGGAAAAAAUUCCAUCUCCUAUAAAUAUUACUUUUCUUCAACCUGCUUCUUCAUUUGCUUGUAAAAUUUGUUAUAAAGUGUUUCUUAGUGAUGAAGAACUUUUUGAUCAUUUUACUCAUCAUGCAGAUGUUGAGAAUAAUAUAAAUAGGAACUUGUCAGAAUCAAGUAAUGAGUUUGAAACAGAAGAAUAUUUUAAACCUCCUGUCUCUAAUAUUGUUUGUAAAAGAUCUUAUCAUAAAGUAACACUGAAUCAAAUUCCUAAACAUGCAACAUCUAAUGUUGAUGGCCCUUUUGAAUGCAAAACUUGUAAAAAAGUAUUUAAUGGGCCAUCUUCGCUAAAUAGACAUCAAAGACGUUUUCAUUUAAACAAAAGAAAAUACAUGUGCAUUGACUGUCACAAAACAUUUGCACAUUUCUCUUUGCUUUGUGAACAUUCUCUGCAGCAUUACAAAACAAAAAAACAAGAAUUUGAGUGUUAUGUUUGUAAGAAACAUUUUUCCUCGUCUAUGUUACUCCUUGAACAUAUGUUUAUUUCUCAUGUUUGUCAAAACAAAAACUUUUGCCAAGCCUGCUUUAAAUUUUUUGCUACUGAAAAUGAUUUAACUCAGCACAUGGAAGAUCACAUUAUUGCUUAUAAUUGUAAUAAAUGCAGAAAAUGGUAUAAGACUAAAUCUAAAUUAAACAAUCAUAGAUGUGUAUUUGAUGGUCCCAGACCUUAUCCUUGUAAAAUCUGUGGAAAACGGUUUAGUAGAUUAUAUCAUUUACAGAGGCACUGCUACAUGCAUGAUAGAAAGCAAGGAUUUAGCAAAGUUCUGGGAGUCGAUUCAGAGUUUUUUGAGCAACAAAAAUUUAAUUCAGAUUCUAUAAAUAAUGGUGAAGAAUUAUUGAUUCAUUUCAAAAAGAAAUAUGAAUGUUAUAUGUGCAACACACGGUGGUAUUCAUUUAAAAAUUAUAAGCAACAUUUUUGCUCUGAGCAUAAGGAACUAGAAUUUAAUUCUUGUCCUGUUUGCUUCAAGAAAUUUAGUAAAACAUGUAAAGUAAAGCGUCAUUUAGUUACUCAUUCAAAAGAAAAAUUAUUUAAAUGUAAUUUAUGUACAAAAUCCUUCUUGGUUCAAGCGGCACUGAAUCGACACAAGAAGAAACACAAUAACCGGAAGUUACUAUCAUGUUAUCAGUGUUCUAAAACCUUUGUGAAUAAGCUGGGAUUUCAGAAACAUAUACUGAUGCAUGAACAAGGUAGAAAGGCUGCUUUCAAAUGUACUUGUGGAUCACAACUUAUAAAAAAGAUGGAUGUGCAUUUAAAUAAUUCUGUAUCUUUUGAUGAAUUCAAGGAUAGAUUGCAACUUUUUCACUCUGAUGAUAUUUAUAAAGUGCCUUCUCUUAAAUAUACUUCGGAUCAAUCUGAUAGUAAAGAGGAAUUUAUUCUCCAAACUUGUCCCUCAGUUAAAUAUUCAAAAACAUUUUUAUCUGAAAUAAUUUUAAGUCAGAAUACAAACCAUUCUAGUUCUGAAAGUGAUAUUGCACAUGAAUGCAAUACUUGCAGAAAAACUUUCAACAAUCUAUCAUCUUUAAAAAGGCACAACAGGCGUAUUCAUUUGAACAAGAGACCAUAUACUUGUAUUGCAUGUCACAGAACAUUUUUACAGUUGUCAUUACUUAGUAGACAUUCUCUUCUUCACCUGAGAAAAAAACCAGAAGAAUUUAUUUGUCCAAUCUGUCAGAAAACAUUUUCUAAAUCUGUGAUACUCCAGAAACAUAUCUUUUCCAUUCAUGCAUGUCAAGGCAAACCAUUUUGUUUUGGAUGUUUUAGGUUCCUUGCCACCAAGGAUGAAUUAGAUAAUCAUAUGAAAGAUCAUCUUGUAUCUGAUGCCUAUGAUUGUGAUAAAUGUGAAAAACGGUAUAAAAGUGAAAGUGAUCGAGCUAAACAUAGGUGUAUUUACAAUGGUCCAAGACCUUAUCUCUGUAAAUUGUGUGGGAAACGAUUUAACAGAUUAUAUCACUUAGAACGACACUUAGAUCUACAUAAAAGAAAAAGAUCUCCAGUUGGAGGUACUGAGUCUGAUUCAGACUGCUUAGAGAAACAAAAUAUCUCGCUUAAUUCUAAAAAUUCAGUUAUAAGUGCUGACCUUAUUUCAUCUACAAAAGAUGAUGUUGCAGAGGAAUCUUUAACUGUGAAUAAGAAAUUUGAAUAUGAACAAUUUGAAAAGGGUGUUAAUGACUGA